AUGGCUCUGGCAAAUGGGAUGAAGCCGGUGAUACUGAUGUUGGUGGUUCAGAUGGCUCUAGCCGGAGUGAACAUCUUCUUCAAGCUGGCCAUAAGCAGUGCCGUGAGCGUACCUGUCCUCCUCGCUUACCGCUUCCUCCUAUCCACAGCUGUUAUGGUUCCUCUUGCUUUCUUCUUCAACCGGCAAUGUGACAUUAACCUUCUUCCCGGUAGUAGCACCGGCCACGUGACUUUUCUGGCGUCCAAUCACCGUGUGUUGGGAGCCUGUUUGGCCCUUAUUAGCUGCUUCUCUUAUGCUAUAUGGAUCAUUAUACAGGCAAAGAUGAGUGAAACAUUUCAAUGCCAUUACGCGAGUACAGGAUUGAUGAGCUUAAUGGCUUUCUUCCAAUCGACUAUAUAUGCAUUGUAUGUGGAGAGGGAUUGGACACAAUGA